ACACAUAACAUUGAACGUCAUGUCGUAUUCAUCAAUGAGACGAUCACUGGAGAUUGUGCUAAUCUCAGCGGAAGGACUCAAGGUGGAUCGAAAACCGGUGAAGAAGAAGACAUUCGGCGUCGUGAGAAUCGAUCAGGAAUAUAAGUUCUCUGAACUGGACCAACAGGGUGGGAGUUAUCCGGUUUGGAACCAGAAAAUGGAGAUGGAGAUGGCCAUAAACGGGAGUGUAAGGUUUAUCUCCGUCGAGGUAAAGUAUCGGACAAGCGGUGGGGCUGAGAAGAUUGUUGGGUGCGCCAAGAUUCCGGUGACGGAUUUCAUGGGAGGCUUUGCUCCUCAAGGGCAUUUGAAUUUCUUGAGUUACAGGUUGAGAGACGAGCAUGGUGACAAAAGCGGAAUCGUCAACGUUUCCAUUAUGGUGAAACCCGACGGUACCGAUAUUAAACCGUCGUCUUCUCUUGCCGUGGCUACGCAGGACUAUGCCGCGUGUUCGUCGCAAGCGAAUGGUCAAAUGUGGGGGACGAGGAAAACCUCAUCGUCAAUGGCUGUGACGGCUGGUUAUGGCGGUCGCGUAGUAACCGGAGUUCCUGUAUUAACAACAACAAGAAGUUGCCUGGUGGUUAGAGGAGUUCUACCAAGCCCCUGGGAGUCGGGUUCGAAUCCGAGAAGCGCCUAAAGAUGAAUUGGGAUUCAUCAUUUCUAUUUUUUUCAAUUGAUAAACUAAAAGAUAUAUUUACAUGAAUUGGAUAAAUAAUGCUUGAAUACUAUUCAUGCACGAGAUUUUAAGCGUAAUCAGCAUUCUAAUAAUAAUAAUGUAGCAAACAUUAUCAAAUGUCAUGUUUCUUUUCAUUUAACCAAGUAUAA